UGCACAAUGAAGUUCUCUUUGUUUCUGGGCUUUGUGGCGGGGUCUAUUCUGCUUGUAGCCUCAGACCACAAAUUCAAUUCAGCACUGAAUGAAGAAUGGGAGAACUGGAAACUACAGUACAGCAAGCAGUACUCAGAGGGUGAGGAGAUCAACAGGAGAAUGAUUUGGGAAAGUGCCAUGAGUUACAUUGAACAGCACAAUCGAGAAUACUCAUUGGGGAAGCACACAUUUACUGUGGCAAUGAACCAAUUUGGAGAUCUGACCAGUGAAGAGUUCAAUACACUCAUGAAUGGAUUCCGCAUGAAUGAAGCUGAAAACUCAACUGAGGAAGAAGUUGAAGAAUAUGAUGGGCUUGAUGAUGAUGAUAAUGAAGAUGGUUUCGAGCCACCAAGUACUGUUGACUGGAGGAAAGGGGGUUUGGUUACACCAGUGAAGAACCAGGGACCAUGUGGCUCCUGCUGGAUCUUCAGUGCAGUUGGAUCCCUCGAGGGACAGUGGGCAAAAAAACAUGAACUUAUUUCUCUGAGUGAACAAAACGUGCUGGAUUGUUGCCCUGAAUUUCAUGGAUGCAGAGGUGGAUAUAUGGGCGGUGCCUUCUCUUGUAUAAUGAGACUUGGUGGCAUAAACUCUGAACGUACUUAUCGCUACACUGCACAUCUACUGCCUGACUUGCUGGGUGAUUCCAUCAUCUGUGAAACUUGUCAGGCUCUCUGAUGUGCGGGCUGGUUUCAUGGAGGCAAACUGAGACUGCAACUACAAGAGAGACUUUGGGAUCGGUGUGCC